CGAUCAAAUCAAGAAGUGGGCAAGCGUCCACGUGUGACAUCUGUGCACAGGCCUGACUAUUUUGAUGUUUUUUCCUUUUUUACGUUUAAUCGCAAUACACGAGACCUGAUUGGUCCCGUUCGUGCAAGGGCUUUGUUUAAAAAUCCUGCCAACGAGGGGGUGGGAUAAAGGUGGGCGGACGGGUAGGGGACGGACAACUGGACCACCAGGUCGUCAAAUACGCGGCUCUUUUGUCAUUACCGUUAGCGUCGUCAGCCAUUACAUUGUGUAGCUAACGUCAGAAGCUGAAAUCGAAGCUAACUUGAAGAGUUUACACUCGAAGCCAACGGUAAGCAUUGAAGCUAACUUUAGGAGGCAACAUCGGAUCUCCCGCUAUCUGACGUAUCUUUGGAAGCUAACGUCCGAGGUAACAAUCAACGCUAACAUCAGAACUUAACGUUGGAUUUAGAGGAAAGCUGGGAGGUAAAUUUGGAAUAUAAGGUUUACGGCGAAGCUUCCAUUCAAACUUAACAUUGGGAGACGCGAUCCAAGCCAUGUUCAGAAGUUAAAAUUUGAAUCUUAACGACGUGGCUAACGGUGGAAGCCAACGGCCGUUUCAGUCAUGUUCGCGGGCCGGGCGCCAGCGAUGGCGGGAAAAGGCGGCAAGUUUUCCGUGGAAGAGCUGUACGGUUUCAGCAAGAAGCACAAGGUCGGCAGAGGCCACGGCGGCAAAGCGGACGGGAGGAAGGACGGAAAGGAGAAAGAAGAAUCGGCGCUGGCGUCGCACAUCUUGGAGGCGGCCAAGAGAGUGAUGGAGAGGCGGAGGCUGGAAAUGUACCUGCGGGAGUGUGACGUCACCAUGCAGGACAGCGGCAUGGCCUACAGGAAUCUCGGAAAAUCCGGACUCAGGGUGUCCUGCUUGGGACUGGGUGAACACGCACGCGCGCAGGCGCGCACGCACACAAACAAACAUACGCUGCUACAUUUUUUUCCUCUCUUUGCAGGUACGUGGGUGACAUUUGGCUCUCAGAUCUCAGACGAGACGGCGGAGGGUGUGUUGACGUUGGCGUACGACAAUGGCGUCAACUUGUUUGACACAGCUGAAGUCUACGCAUCUGGCAGGGCGGAGACAACUUUGGGAAACAUUCUGGAGAAAAAAGGCUGGCGGAGGUCCAGCUACGUGGUGACCACAAAGAUCUACUGGGGAGGACAGGCCGAGACGGAGCGAGGGUUGUCACGGAAACACAUCAUAGAAGGACUUCGGGGUUCUCUUGCCAGGCUGAAGCUGGACUACGUCGACAUCGUCUUUGCCAACAGGAGCGACGUGAACUCACCCAUGGAGGAGGUGGUGCGAGCCAUGACCUUUGUGAUUGAGCAAGGCAUGGCCGUUUACUGGGGCACCUCGCGCUGGAACGCCAUGGAGAUUAUGGUAAACGAUCUUUUCAACGACCUUCACGUGCGACGACCGGCGCGGGCCUCGUGCAAUCACCCGUGCGCACGUGCGUCUGGCAGGAAGCGUACUCCGUCGCGCGCCAGUUCAAUCUGGUUCCCCCGGUGUGCGAGCAGGCCGAGUAUCACUUCUUCCAACGAGACAAAGUGGAACUGCAUUUGCCCGAACUCUACCAUAAGAUCGGUAUCACACGUGCACGCAAACGCCGACGUGCGGAAAGACACGCCCACAGAGACACGCGUGUGCGUUUCAGGUGUCGGGGCCGUGACGUGGUCACCUUUGGCCUGCGGGAUGCUCACGGGGAAAUACAACAACGGCGUCCCUCCAGGCUCCAGGGCGGCCAUUAAGGAACACGCUUGGCUGAAGGAGCGUCUGAGCGGCGACGAGGGCAAGCAGCAGCUGAGCAAAGUCAAAGAGAUUCAGCCGCUGGCCGACAGGCUCGGAUGCACCCGCGCUCAGCUCGCCAUUGCCUGGUGUCUGCGCAGCGAAGGCGUCAGUUCGGUUCUACUGGGCGUUUCCAACACGCAGCAGCUGGUGGAGAACCUCGGCUCCAUUAAGGUCCUCUCGCAGCUGACUCCGUCCCUCGUCGCGGAGAUGGACACGUUGCUCGGCAAUAAGCCUCGGAAGCCCAGGAAGGAACCGAGGAGCUGACCGCUGAUCAAAAAAAAUAAUAAUAAUAAGACUGGAUAGCGCAUACACAUCGGCGGGCGGCAUGUCAAUUGGUUGAAGCCAGUUGGCCGCCAUCUUGGUACUCCCAAAACAUGUGGAGGGCAUGAUUUACACAGGUUGGAUUAUGGCGGGGUUUUUCCUCAAAGUUUGGCAUGUAGAAUUGAAACAUUUUUUCAGUUCUGGUAACGUGAGGGAUUUUUAAUUCGACUUGGUGAACGCCCCCCCCCCCCCAAAAAAAGGACAUCGAACACUGUGACUAGCAAGAAAUCUUGCAUAUUACCUAUGGCCAGAUUUUCGUGACAUGUUCACUUUUCCCAAAAUACGCUGUGAAGGACUGUUGUCAUAACAGCAAAAAACUAAGAAUUUUUUUUUCGUCAUAAAAACAUUACAUUUGAAGUCAAUCAGACAUAUUUUUGGAACUAAACGCAUUGUUUAUUUGUUGUCUCUGCGACGUCCUAUUUCAGACAGAAAAAUUCAAACUUGUUUCCUCGAAUUUGAAAAUCUAAUUUAAUUCGCAGAGGUCUGUAUGAUGAAAUUAAUCCAAAAAAAAAUUCACUGAAAACAUCACUGAUGGAGUUUGGGGAAAUAUUGACAUCCCUUUUUUUCGCGAAAAACAGAGCGACCAGUGAACAACAACAACAACUGUAAACAAAACUUUGUUCAAGUGAAUUAAGCUCAUAGGGGAAAAAAAAAAAAACUUUAGAAACAAACUUCAACAGUGUCAAAGUAAAUGUUUCUUAUUUACCUGUGGGAUGUUUUCUCACAGCCACCAAACUGGCGAUUAACUGCAGAAGUCGGCAUGGUUAUUUUGGGAGUAUCAAGAUGGCGGAGCCAUCCAGUCUUUAUUUGUUUUUUUUUUUUUGUUUGUUUUUUUACAUCAGUGGAUCUGACAGGCA